AGUUUUGCGGCCGGUGGCCAACCCUGCGCGGGUUCUGCGCAUGCCUCAUGCAGCCGGCCACCCCCGUUUUCCCUUGUUUUCAACAGGACCCUGAUGGGAGGCGGUGCUGGGUCACCCAGCUGCGGCUCUUCCGGGCUCUACUACACGACCCGUGGUCGACGGCUUAAGAAUUGUCUACGUCUUUCAAAGAAUAGCACAAAAUGAGCAAGAAAUCCCAGGGAUCAGUAUCAUUUACAGAUGUGACUGUAGGCUUCACCCAGGAGGAGUGGCAGCACCUAGACACAAGCCAGAAGUCCCUGUAUAGAGAUGUGAUGCUGGAGAACUACAACCACCUGGUCUCCGUGGGGUAUUGUGUGACAAAGCCAGAAUUGAUCUUCAGGCUGGAGCAAGGAGAAGAGCCAUGGAUAUUGGAGGAAGAAUUCUCAAGGCAGAGCUUCUCAGAAUUUUGGAAAACUGAUCACCUGAAGGAGAGAAGCCAAGAAAACCAACCUAAACAUUUUUGGGGAAUUGUAUUCAUCAAUAACACAAUGCUGACUAAAGAACAAGGUAAUGUAAUAGGGAAACCAUUUGACUUGGACAUAAAUUCUUUUCCUUCCAGGAAAAUACUCUGUCACUGUGACUCAUAUGGAAUGAGUUUCAAAAAUAUUUCAGAAUUGUUUAUUAGUAGAAAAAAUUACUUAGGAAAAAAGCCAGAUGAAUUGAAUGCCUGUGGAAAAUUACUACUUGAAAUCCAACAUGAGAAAACUCAUACUAGAGAGAAAAGUGAAUGUUUAAAACAUAAGAGUUCUUUUGGUCAUCAAGAGGAUCCCAUUCAUCCUGAAGACAUUGAAACUUUAGACAAAACACUUGAAUACAGUGAAUGUCAUGAAACCUUCCUUGAAAAGACAUUAGUCAGUACACACAAGAGAGAAGAGAACACAGAAGAAAAUGACUGUGAAUACAAUGCAUGCAGAACUUUCAGUGAUGGCUCAUUCAUUUUGUUCUCUGAGGUAUCUCCCUCAAAAGAGAAUCACUGUGAGAACAAUGAUGAGAAAUCCUACUGUGGGACGUCUACCCCUUUCAAACAUGAUGGGGUACAUAUGAGAUAUAGUGAAAGUGGGAGUGAUUUCAGGAGGAAGUUAUGUCUCUCCCAACUUCAGAAAACUCAUAAAGGAGAGAAGCACUUUGAGUGUAAUGAAUGUGGGAAAGCUUUCUGGGAGAAAUCACACCUCACUCGACAUCACAGAGUACACACAGGUGAGAAACCCUUUCCAUGUAAUGUAUGUGGUAAAACUUUCUGGGAGAAGUCAAACCUCAUUAAACAUAAUAGAUCACACACUGGGGAGAAACCCUUUGAAUGCAGUCACUGCAGGAAAGCCUUUGGCCAUCAAUCAGCCCUCACUUUACACCAGAGAACACAUACAGGGGAGAAACCCUAUCAGUGUACUGCAUGUGGGAAAACUUUUUACCAGAAAUCAGACCUCACCAAACAUCAGAGAACACACACAGGGCUAAAACCCUAUGAAUGUUAUGAAUGUGGGAAGUCCUUUUGUAUGAAUUCACACCUUACCGUCCAUCAGAGAACACACACAGGUGAGAAACCCUUUGAAUGUCCUGAAUGUGGGAAAUCCUUUUGUCAAAAGUCACAUCUUACACAGCAUCAGAGAACUCACAUAGGGGAUAAACCCUAUGCGUGUAAUGCAUGUGGGAAAACUUUCUACCACAAAUCAGUACUCACCAGGCACCAGAUAAUUCAUACAGGAUUGAAACCUUACAAAUGUUAUGAAUGUGAGAAAACUUUCUGCUUAAAGUCGGACCUCACAGUACAUCAGAGAAGUCACUCAGGGGAGAAGCCCUUUGCAUGUCCUGAAUGUGGGAAAUUCUUUAGCCAUAAGUCAACCCUCUCUCAACAUUAUAGAACACACACUGGAGAGAGACCCUAUGAAUGUCAGGAAUGUGGAAAAAUCUUUUACAAUAAAUCAUACCUAACUAAGCAUAAUAGAACACACACUGGAGAGAAACCCUAUGAAUGCAGUGAAUGUGGGAAAACUUUCUGCCAAAAGUCACAGCUCACUCAGCAUCAGAGAAUUCACAUAGGGGAGAAACCGUAUCAAUGUACUGAAUGUGGAAAAGCUUUCUGCCAUAAGUCAGCUCUAAUUGUGCAUCAGAGAACCCAUACAGAAGAAAAGCCCUAUAAAUGUAAUGAAUGUGGAAAAUCCUUCUGUGUGAAGUCAGGACUUGUUUUACAUCAGAGGAAACACACAGGGGAGAAACCUUAUGCAUGUAAUGAAUGUGGGAAAUCCUUCAGUCACAAAUCAUCCCUCACAGUACACCACAGGGCUCACACAGGAGAGAAAUCCUGUCAGUGUAAUGAAUGUGGGAAAAUCUUUUACCGUAAGUCAGACCUUGCUAAACAUCAGAGAUCACACACAGGGGAGAAGCCCUAUGAAUGUGACAUAUGUAAGAAAACUUUCUCUCAAAAAUCGAACCUUAUUGUACAUCAGAGGACACACACAGGAGAAAAGUCUUGUGAAUGAACUAUUAUAUUUGUUCACCAGUCAGCCACUUCAUUAUACUUCAGAGUAUUCACACUGAAGAAAGUUCUGUUGACAAAUAUUGAAUAAUCUUCAUCCAUGGUGUUAAGUUAUAGAGUAAUGACAAGAUAAACCCAUGGUCUAUGUUAUGUGUUGUUAAUUUUCCAGAGCAAAGUAGAAGAGGCAUCUUCCUACAGAUUGAGAGGGCACUGACAGUCCAAAGAAUGAUGUGGACAAUUUCAUUUAGGCAAAUGAGGUUAUUUUAGCUUAUUUACAGCAUGGUGGAUGAUUUAUGAGCUGUAGCACUACCAAAGUUGCCAUUCUCCCUCUGCUAAGCUACUUGUUUUAUAGGACUCUAAAGUAAACAGGUAAAAAUAGAAGCAAAUGAUGUGUCCUUGGGAAGAGUUAUCUGUACUGUGUUCCGACUCAUCCUUUUUGGGAACUCCACUGCUCUUAGCAAAUACUGUUAAGACACAGUGCUGAGUUACUUUUCUCUACUGCAGCCUGAUACACAGCUUUAACCCCUGGCAAGAGCCCACUGGAAAGCCAAAUAGUGGCUUACUGCAAGAUGGAGUUGUUUUGGCUAGGGUUUGGAGGCCUUUUUUCCCUAUUCACCCAUUCCUCUGGCUCUUAUAUUCUUUUUUUCUUUUUUGGUACUGGGGAUCGAACUCAGGACCUUGCACUUUCGAGGCAGGCAGCAGAACCACUGAUCUAAAUCCCCGGCAAGCUUUUAUAUUCUUUUGCUGCCACCUCAGUGAUGUCUCCUGAACUUGGAGGGAGAGAUAUCUUACUUGACUGUGAGCUGAACACCAGCUGUUAUUUCACAGCAACAGUCUGGACUAUGGCAGUACACUCCUAGAACAACACAAAUACAUGUUCCCAGGUAGAGUACUUAGCACAAGCCUCAUAGACAUCUAAAUGGUCUAUAUCAGGAGUGUGUGCUUGUAAGUGGCUUAAAGCAUCUGUUACUGUAGCCUCAUUAUCUGGCACAUGGUGCCAUUGUGAGCACAGGUGCCUCCAUGGGCACCAGUCAGCCUGUCAAAAUUCAUUGUGUUGAAACACCACCUUCCAUGUUCGUUUUCUCUAUAAUGGCUUACCAAGCACUUGCUGGUGCUCCCUUUCCCAUUGUGUCAUUCAUAGGACCAGUCCUGUGAAGACUACCCAGCAAUCUGUGCAGUCAUUUAGAGUCCAUUCUUUAUGCACGACCACCAUCCAUACCACUUUUAGAUCAGCCCAUUGGCUGCCUUUCCCUUUCCCAAAUGGUGUCUGCACCCGUAUCACCACUGCUGCCCAUUCCAAUUUUGCGCCCCUACUGGUGCCAUUGGUGUAGUAAAUACCUUCAGGAAUGGGCAGUGUCCUUUCUAGACCCUUAUUGAGCCUCACUGUUGGCUCAGUCACUGGAAACAGUUCCAUAGCUUGGAAGGAUACCAACUCUAGUAUUGCCUGCAUGACAUUUGUCACUCGGGUAGCAGAUAGGAUUACACACUGCCCAAGUGUGUGUGCCACUUUUGUAAAUUCUGAUAUUAUGCCACCCUAGAAAGGGGUUGACCACCUGGCCUUUAUUCCCAGCCCUUCACUGGAUAUGCUCUCUUUACUAUCACUGAACAAGAUCCAGUGAUAGACUCCACCUGCUGUAGGACUUUACAUAUGGCCAGCAGUUGCUGCUCCAGUGUCGUAUACUUUAUCUGGGUUCUGCCCCUUUCCAUGAUUGGGGUGGAAUCCUAUUGGAACUGUCUGUUUCAGUUAUUUCUGCCAUGACCCCCAGUUGUAGCUCUCAGAGCCCCUAACUCCUAAAACAUACAGGCAUUGAGUUACUGGGAUACACAACUAUUUAGCCUGCCUUACAAGUAUCUUAACUUGCUCAGAAUCCUCUUGAGCCCUUUUUUCCCGAUUCCCUGUGGUCACCCUUUUUCACAGUUAAGUAAUAGGCAGGCAAGUUGAGCAAGGUGGGAUAUAAACUAUAUCCAUACCCCCAAGACUCCUCAAAACACCAUUAGUUACUUUACAUCCAUUGGCACAGGCUAUUUCAUGAGGUUAGCUCAUGGAGGCCAGGCCCUCCAUCAUCCCCAGCUCUAAUACCUUAACUGGUUUAUCCCAGUUCUCUUUUUCUUGUGCAUGCUUGACACAGGCCUGUGAUUGGAGCUCAGGCCUGCUGCUGUGAGGAGUUGCCACUUUGGGGCAUCUGAGAUCUUACACAGCUUUUUUUUCUACUUAAAUCAUACUGCAUUUUGCAUUUUCAUUAGCAAAUGACAUUAUUUCCCAUAAUUUUGGGAUAGUUUCAAGCUAUCCCCAUACUCACAUGGUAUUCCCCACACAGAGGCAGAUGACCAUCCAGGAUUUGCCUUUGGGCAGAUAUCUCAGUGUCAGUAGCAUGUCUUACCACCCAUAGCAGGGGUCUUGAAACACUGGCUACUGUUCUAUUGCAAUCCCAUCCCAUACAGACCCUCAGAAAUUGUGAUAUAUUCUCUAGUCCAUCAGGUGUGGACUAGACUCAUUUAGGAGGUGUGCUACCCCAUAUACGUGCAAAAGACAGUUCCCUUAGCAUUUCCCCCAUGGAUACCCUUCCCUGACUCAUCUUUGGAUCUGCUGGGUCAGGCUUCAGAUGUUGCAUGAAUUUCCCAGAGCAAUGUAAAAGAAACAUGUGCUAAUGAUUUGAGAGGGCAUUGACAGUCCAAAGAAUGACUUGGACAAACUCAGUUUUUGUUUGUUGGGGUUUUUAUUUAUUUAUUUAUUUUUAGUGCUGGAGAUCGAACUCGGGUCCUUGUGCUUGCGCAGCAGGUGGCGAAACCACGGAGCUAAAUCCCUGGCCCUGUUUGUUGGGGUUUUUUUGGUACCAGGGAUUGAACUUAAGACCUUGUGCUUAUGAGGCAGGUGCAGUGCCAAUGUGCCAAAUCCCUGGCCCUGGACAAGUUCAGUUUUGCAAAUAAGUGAGUUUACUAUGGAUUACCUACAGAGAAAUGGAAAAUUUAUGGGCUGUAGCAUUACUGAAAUUGCACACUCCCCACCUUUUGCUAAGCUACUGGUUUUAUAGGGCUCUAAGAUAAACAGCAAAAAGUAAAAGCAAAGAACACGUGUCCUUGGAAAAAUUAUUUGUACUCUAUUGCCACCUCAUUGGGAACUCCACAGGUCUCAGCAUGCACUGUCAAGCCACAGUGCUGGGUGACCUUGCUGUGUUGCAGUCUGCCCACAACCUCAGGACCUAGUGAGAGCCCUCUGGACAGCUAAACAGCAGCCACUACAAGACAGCAUUGCUUUGGCUAGGCUUUGGAGGACUGUUCUCCUACAAGUAUAGGACAUCCUUUGUUAAGAUUAAGAAGAUUGAUUAUGAAGAGCCAGGCAUGGUGUUACAUACGUAUAAUCUUAGCACUUGGGAGGCUGAGGCAGGAGGAUCGCCAUGAAUUCAAGGACAACCUGGAUUACAUAGUUCAAGGCCAGCCUGAUCUAUACGAUCUCAGAAAAGUAUGAAGUUUUAUAGAUACUUUCAGUUGUUUUAAUGAAAAAUACAAACUGGAUAUUGCAGAAUUUAUACUGAGAAAUGUAUAUGUUUAUUAACUAUAAAUUGAAUUUUUAAUUAAAUCUAAUAUUACAAGUUG